GUGGGUGUGGUUAUGGUUGAGCCACGCCCUCAAUCAACAUGGCUGGAAGAUUUGGAAAAGCAUUGUUAUUAUUAUCUUCUCCUGCAGCAGCCAUUAGUGUAAGAAGAGCCUCCGUACUAACAGGAAAGAGCAUUGAUGCUUCUUAUGGUCUGUCUAGUGAACAGAAAGAGUUUCAGAAAGUAGCUCUGGAUUUUGCUCAAAACGAAAUGUUUCCUAACAUGAGACGCUGGGACGAAGAAGAAAACUUUCCAGUAGAUACAAUGAGAAAAGCCGCACAAUUAGGAUUCGGAGGUAUAUACGUAAGGGAGGAUGUUGGUGGGAGUGGUCUAACUCGUUUGGAUACUUCAGUCAUAUUUGAGGCAUUAGCGACUGGCUGUGUCAGCACUACCGCUUACAUAAGCAUUCACAAUAUGUGUGGUUGGAUGGUGGAUGAGUUUGGUACUGAAGAACAGAGAGCCAGUAUUAUACCACAGUUAUGUACAAUGGAGAGGCUCUCGUCAUACUGCCUUACCGAGCCAUCAGCCGGCAGUGAUGCAGCUAACCUUAUGACCACUGCUACUAGGAAAGGAGACCAUUACAUUUUGAAUGGAUCAAAAGCAUUCAUAAGUGGUGCUGGCUCUUCUGGUUUAUACUUGGUAAUGUGUAGGACAGGAGGCCCUGGACCAAAGGGGAUAUCCUGUCUACUUGUUGAUGGAGACACUCCUGGUUUGACCUUGGGAGGAAAAGAGAAGAAAGUUGGCUGGAACUCGCAACCAACUCAUAUUGUCAAUUUUGAGGAUUCACCGGUUCCAGUAACUAACCUGCUUGGAGAGGAAGGACAAGGUUUCAAUAUUGCAAUGAGAGGUCUUAAUGGUGGCCGUAUCAACAUAGCUUCCUGUAGUUUAGGUGCUGCAUGGUCUUCUAUUGAAUUGACAAUGCAGCAUUUGAAGGACAGGGUUGCAUUUGGCAAACCACUUGCAAGCCAACAAUACUUGCAGUUCAAGCUAGCUGAGAUGUGUACAGAUCUUGUAGCAUCAAGACUUAUGAUACGCCAGGCAGCGCACUCACUGGAUAUAGCUGCACCCAAUCACGUCUCAUUGUGCAGCAUGGCUAAACUGUUUGCAACUGAUAAAUGCUUUGAUGUCUGUAAUGCUGCACUGCAGAUGCAUGGAGGCUAUGGGUAUCUGAAGGACUACCCAGUCCAACAGUAUAUGAGGGACUGCAGAGUACAUCAAAUACUAGAAGGAACUAAUGAGAUAAUGAGAUUACUGAUUGCAAGAGAUGUAUUGUCUUAAAUUCAAUAUUAUUAUUAACAGUAAUUGUUUUAUGGCAUAAUUAUUUACAAAACUGAAAUAUGGAGCAGGACUUUUUAGCCCUUCCAAAAAUUGUAUACAAA